UAUAAAAAAAUUGAAGCCAUAACCAAUUUGGUAUAAGAAAAUUCAACCAAAUUGGUAUAGGAUAGGCUGUGGUUGGCUUCUUUGCUUCCUUUCUCAUUCUCAACUUUCCUUUCUCACUUUUUCUCCUUUCUUUCUCUAAAAGUUGGAAAUUUCGAUUUCUAGAGGAUUUUCUCAUCGGUAAAAUUACUAUUUGUUAGGGAGAACCAUGAAAAGGAGAUAUAACCCUACGAUUCCGAUUGAUCUGAUCAAAGAGGAAGAACGCAAUACAGGGCCCCUAGAAACCAAUAAAAUUAUGGUGAAGGUGGUCAAAAAGUCGAAUUCGAUAAACGGAGGGUGGAAGAAGAAGCAGGGGUUACCUUCAAGAUUGAGACUGAUGUUCCGCUUCGGUGGUUAAUGCUUAGGUACUGUCUUGGAUUGAGCUUGGAUUUUCAAACCACUCGGUUUGAGUUCAAUGCUGUAAAGUUAAGGGAAAUGGAUACUCCCCAACAAAUUGGCAUGGUUCAUGAUGAUGUUAUCGUUGCAUAUCCUGUUCUAGGCGGUUUAGGUUACCGUGAUGUGCAUAAUGUAACUCUAUGCAUCCGCAUGCACAAGGAGAGAGACAUGUUUGUUAGAGUGAGGCGCUAUACAGCAAUACUGCCUCAGCUGAUCCCAUGUUUUCCUAACAUCGGACCUCGAGAACAAGGCUAUCUACACUUUGUGUACGGUGGAUUGCAGUUGGAUGGGAAUCAUGUAGCUGAUGCACUAAACAUGGAAGAUGGUGACAUCAUUGACGGCUUCAAUUUCAUCACAAUGAGUUCUUCCUUGAGCACAAUUGGCUCAAGUCUUACUCUUAUAGUGAAAUGUGUGUCGGGCAAUGAAACGCGGUUCACUGUCACUCAAAGCACUCGUUUGGGUCAGAUGAUGGAUAGAUUGAGACCGUAUGAUUCAAAUUCGGGGCGUAGAGAUAUUCAUUUUGUUUUCGGUGGUCGCCGACUUGAAGAUACAGAAACAGUUAAGGAGGCGCAUCUUAAAGAUGGUGAUGUAAUUGAUAGCCUACGUUGUAUGUAUGUUUGUUAAAGUUUGUUUAAUCAAUUACAACGUCUUAGCAGAAAAAACAUGUCAUUAGCCCUGAUAAGAUUUAUGGUUUGUUUAGCUGGUUUAAAGGCUAAUUACAACGUCUUAGCAGAAAAAACAUGUCAUUAGCCCUUUUUUAUUUAUUUUUUAUUUUUUUAAUUUUGUUUUUGCUUUAAUUUUAUCACCAUCAACAAAAUUGAUAUCUUUUUUCCACCCUCUAUUUCUAGAAUUCUUUUUUGCUUUUGGCUUUUUUUCUCCAAAAUAUAAACGAAUUCACAUGAAUUUAAUCAACAACUCACAAAAUUAAAAAAAAACCGGUUAUUUCAUGAAAUGCCACUGAGCAAUUGCAUAAUUUACCAAAUGUCAUGAACCUUUUCAAAAUUCACCAAAUGCCACCGAGAUUUUACAAACAUUCACCGAGUGCCAUUAAUGACUGACAUCCAUUAGUU